UUGUGAACGCACCCCAGAGCAGUCCAUUUGAUUGGCUGUCGUGUAAACAACGUGGUGGAGACAACAUGGGAGACGACUUAGGGGAUGAGUGGUGGACGCUUGGCUCUGAACCAGAUGGUUCUGAGGAGGAAGCCAAGGCAGAGAAAAAGGAAGCCAAUGCAGAAAAAAAGAAAGCCAAGACCAACACGACUGUGAAAAGCACAGUUGAAAAUAAAUCACUGAAGAGAAAGAAGCUAACAGAAAAAACUGCGAUAGACAAGAAGAAGACAAAUAUAAACAACGAACAGAGGGAGAAGACUGAGGAUUCAACUGAAUCCCCCAAAAAGAGGAAGAGAAAGAAGAAGAAGACAAUUACAGAUGUCUUAGCCUCCUCUGAGCCUAAACCAGGUUGUCCUGCAGACCUGCAGAACCUGCUCACACACUACUUCACAGACAAGCGCACCGUGAUCGAGAUGGAGGAGCUCAAGCUGCAUGAUUCUUUUUUCUUGUCCUGCAAUGACCUGACACAUAGCCUGUCCUCAUAUCUAAAGCAAAUUUGUCCCAAGUGGGCCAAGGUUCAAAAACAGCACACACAAAAGAGUUCGGUUGUCCUGCUCAUCCUCUGCAGCUCUGCCCUCCGAGCCAUCGAGCUCAUCAAGCAGCUGAUUGCCUUCAAGGGAGACGCCAAGGCUGUUAAGCUGUUUGCCAAACACAUCAAGAUGGAGGAGCAGGUGAAGCUGCUGCAGAAAAAUGUCACUCACAUCGGAGUUGGGACGCCCGGUCGGAUCAGUGCUCUUGUUGAGAAAGAGGGACUGAACUUGCAGGCGUUACGCUUCCUGGUUCUGGACUGGAACUGGAGAGACCAGAAGCUUAGGAGGAUGAUGGACAUUCCUGAGAUCAAGGUGGAUUUCGUGAAGCUGCUGGAGAGCGGGCUCAUCCAGCAAUGCAAAACAAAUAAAGUAAAAAUUGGACUAUUUUAAUUGCAAUUUGUCAACUUGCACAUUUCUUGUACUGUGCUUUUUACCAUGAGUGCUAUUUCCACUAUUUCAACAUGAGGUGUCCUCAAUAAAUUGACCUUCUGAAUAAAAGAAGAAAUCAUUCUCCUAA